AUGACCAAAAUUCGACCGAAAGACGUGAUUGAAGCCUCUAUUGCGGCCCCAACAUAUAUUGAGGCGGAAGAGCCGUUACUUGGGCCAUCGGGCAGCGCCAGUGAAGCUCCAGGUCUACUUUUCCCAGCACCACCACCUCCCACUUCCAGAAACGCCAGCACCGUGGCCCUUCCUCCACAGAAGAAAAGGCGCACUCAAGCCAACACUGCCGCCACCGGUCCCACUCAGCAGCCAGCACCUCUCCUGCCUGCCACCCCCAACACCACCGCUCCCGAACAGCAGCUGGCAAUACGCCUGCCCCCCGCCACUCCCAAUGCCACCGCCAACCCGCAACGGAAGCGCACCAAGUCCACCAACAAGAUCGAUGCCGUUGGUGUCCCCCCGGGGUUUGAGCGGCCUCAUAAUCCCAACGAGGACAUUGUUUGGCUGACUGACGCUUGUGGUGGUGAUUUCAAGAGCUGGGCCUAUGCACUCCAGGGCUCGACGACGGUCAUCUGCUUUUUUUGUGACACACAUAAGGAGAGUAACGCCACCAUUUCCCACACGAACUGGGAUCGCUCAGCUUACACCCGGCACGAGGCCUCCUACUCCCACAAAGCGGCUGUAGACCAGUACACGCAAGAUCCGCAGCAACAGCAAACUGACAAGCACCUGGCCAUGACCGAGGUUGCCGACAAUCCCUUGUUGGCUCUGUUUUGUGGUGCAUACAUGGUCCUGUACCAAGCCAUGCCUUUCACUCACUUCCCAACGAUCUGUGAAUACAUGGACUGGCUUAAAGUACCAAACAUCACCGGCUUAAGUUCAACGAGGGUCUUUUUGUGA